UACACUAGGGAAGGACAUUUCCGGACCCAAACUGGGGCGGGAAGGACGGAGAUUUUGGAGGAGCCCCUGGUUCUCAAGACAACUGCCCUCAUUGGACACAUAUUCGCGCACAGUCAGACUUGGCUGUGAAUGCCUGGCUAGACUGGCUCCUGUGGGAAUAUCUAGUUAGAGUUUGUCGCCAUUAUGUCGGUAUCCGAGUCCUCGUUGAUGUCCGGCGACGCAUCGCGUGCGCCCGAGCAAACCCAUGACCAGGAAAACUCCAUGCCCCAGCUGGAGACCCUCAUCUCACAUCUAGUCGCAGCUAAGCGGUCUUUGUCAUCCAUCAACCAUGUGUGGCGUGCUAAUGAAAUUGUCACGGCCGCCCGCUCUGCAUUGGAAGAAAGUGUUGUAGUUUCGGCGCGGACCGGCUUCCUGCGCCGUGGCCUCAAUAACCAACUACGGCUACUCUAUAAUGUCCGGACGGAGGUGGAAGAGGUGUCCCUGCGCGGUAGAUCGGAGUUUGCAAGCAUACUGAAAAACCUAGAUUCAGCUGACGCACAGUUGCGGCAGACGCUGAGUGCUCUCAGAGAAACAGUGGUCCAUGCAUCCUUUCGCCCGCAAGGUGAAGAGCCAAAAAGCCUACAUGAUUUUUUGGAUGAACGUGGCGUUGAGGAACUCCAUUCAUCGCUUAAGGAUUCCAUUGACCGGACCAAUGCAGCCCAGGCUGAACUGGAAUCCUCAAAUUACGCUUUCGAUGACGAGCUCAAAUCGAUCAAGGAUGCGUUGGGUAACUACCGGAAUGCCACAAAGCUGGCGUCAUCACGGCCGUCGACGUCGUCAUCCUCAUCCUCUGCGUCGAGCUCCAGUUUGCCCUCCCUGUCAUCGAUGCCAGGAUUGCUGCAUUCUCUGGAAAUGCACGCCCGGGAAAUGGCCGAUCUUCUGGAGUCUCUGGUCCGACACUUCGACAUAUGCGUGACAGCUGUCAAACAUACCGAAGGUGGCGGAGCCGCGGCCCAGUCUAUCACGGGCGAUAUGCCUGCUGGUAUGAAUGUCAGCGGCCGUGGUGCUUCGAAUAUCGAAGAAGGCAUCAACGCUAACUUGAACGCUCCGCUCGAUCCGCUUAGUGAUUCGGAGUAUCAGGAGAUGGUAAACGUACUAAUCAAGGAUGCGGCUGAGGCGGAGGAUGUCGUGAUGGAAAUCCAAGACCGUAUUGGAGAGAUGGAGUCUGUCCUGGAAAAUGUCGUGGCGCAAAGGGAUUCUUUACUUUCCGUGUAUGGUGCGACCACGAAUGUUUUCGACCAUCUGUCGUCCCUUGCAUCCAACCGUCUCCCAAACUACAUCGCCCAGGCGCACAAUUUCACACAGGUGUGGAAUGACGAACAAGAGCGAAUCAAAGGCGGACUGGCAGAUCUCUCCGACCUGAAUACGUUGUACGAUGGUUUCCUGGAUGCAUACGAUGGCCUAAUCCUGGAGGUAGCGCGGCGAAGACAUGUACGACACCGCGUGGAGAAGGUUCUACGCGAUACCAGACACAAGCUGGAUCAACUCUACUACGAAGACGUCAAUGCGCGCGAGACAUUCCGUGUCGAGCAAGGGGACUAUCUGCCGUCUGACAUCUGGCCCGGAAUUGGCCGGGAGCCAAUGCGGAUCGAAUUUCGCCGGAUAUUGGGCGGCAAUCUCAAGGAUGCCGUACCCGACAAUCCGGAGGAUGCCCAACGAACCCCUGUUCCAGAGCCCAACGGAGCGCCCGCCGCAUCGAUCGGGGAGACCACCGACGAUGGCGAGGUUAUUCCUGAACUCCCCAAAGCUGUUGUGGAGCAGGCUCUCUCCCGAGUUAAAGCCAAAAGUCGUCGCAACACGUGAUUCAGACUAAGCGUGAGACGAGCCCCCUCUUUAUACGAUGACCCCUGCGAGGCCUCAGGCGCAGGGGAAGGAGAGGGAGCCGGGAUCCUCGAAGCAGGAAGAGGCAAAUUCUUAGGAGCCUGAGCGAAGAUCUCCUGGAA